UGAGAGAUGCGCUGUUUAAAAACGCUUUAAUAAACUUUGAACCGGUAGUGUCUUCAUUCUUUAUUUUUAAUACCAUGCCAGCUUCUUACCUUGUUAUUGGUGGUAAUGGCUUUUUAGGUCAACACGUUCAAGAACAAAUUCGUCUUCGUAACGAUGGUUCAACUAUUGCCGUGUUUGAUAUCUCUGAGCCUAAGGAACCUAAGCCUGAUGUCAAAUACUAUACAGGCGAUCUUCGCAAGUUUGAUGAUGUCUAUCGUGCUUUAGAAGGCAUCACAGCCGUGAUUCAUACUGCUUCUCCUCCUCAUGUCAACAGUAGUAAUCCACCUCGUGAUCUCUAUUUCUCCAUCAAUGUAGAUGGUACCUUGAAUGUCAUCAAGGCUUGUCAAGAAAGAAAGAUUAAAGUAUUGGUGGUAACUAGUUCAGGUAGUGUUAUCUCUACAGGUGAGCCUAUGGUCAAUAUUGACGAAAGCACACCUUAUCCUGCUCAGGCUGUGGAUGUCUAUACCGAAUCCAAGAUUGAAUGUGAAAAGGUUGUCUUGAAAGCCAAUGGUCAAGGUGGAUUAUUGACCUGUACCAUUCGCCCCUCUGCUAUCUUUGGCCCUGGUGAUCGCCAAUUAGUGCCUGGUAUGCUUGAGGUCUGUCAACGUGGUCAACAUCGUUUCCAGAUUGGUCAUAAUCAAUCCUUGAUGGAUUUUACUUAUGUCGGUAACGUUGCUUAUGCUCAUGUCUUGGCUGCUGAGAAACUCGCUGUUCCUAACUCAGGUGCUGCUGGUCAAGCCUUUAACUUGACUAAUGGUACACCCGUGCCCUUUUGGGACUUUGCUUCUCGUUUAUGGGCUGUAUAUGGUUGUUAUAUGCCCAAUAACAAAAAGAUCAUCUUGUCCUACAAUGCCAGUAUGGCCAUUGCUUUGGUGAGUGAAACCAUCUUGAGCAUCAAGCAAUUGUUUUGGGAUAAAAGUCAGUUAAAAGAAGGCAUGACGCGUGCAAGAAUCAAGCAAGCCAUGUCUUCUCGUUAUUUUAAUAUUACAAAAGCAAAGACUAUCUUGGGUUAUGAACCUCAAGUAGGUCUUGAAGAAGGCAUUCAACGCAGUGUUGCUCAUUAUAAGGCUCAUUACCAGUAAUUUCUUUUUUUUUUUUAAUCAUAAUAAACUUAAUAAU